CCCGUUGCAAUUCACUCUUCGGACACAUUACGCAGUCUCUCUAACCCACUGGAUUCUUCCAUCACCGACUCUUAACAAACGAGGCAAAAGCUUUUGCUUCUGAAUCUGGCUUUUUAUUCAGUGUUCAGCUCAAUUGGACUGGAUGGGGAAACCUUUGUUUUAUGAGAUUUGGGAAAAGCCAGCUACAAGUUGUAUAAUAGGGAUUUGCAGUGCAAUUUGGUUCUACAUUCAGAAGAAUAAUAUUGGGUAUUCGCAUGUGGGUUUGAGCUAUGAGACUGCAGUAGAAGGUCAUCACUGGAGGAUAAUUACAUCUGCGUUUUCGCAUAUUAGCAUCCUUCAUCUUGUUUUCAAUAUGAGUGCACUUUGGAGCUUGGGAAUUAUUGAGCAGUUACGACAUAUAGGUCUUGGAGUGGAGUAUUAUCUCCAUUACACGAUAUUAUUGGUUGUUUUGUCGGGGUUGCUAGUCCUAGGAAUGUACCACCUCUUGAUCCAGAAAUUCAAAAUCGACUAUUUUCGGAGAGUGACUGCUGUUGGGUACUCUUGUGUUGUUUUUGGGUGGAUGACCAUUUUGUCUACUAAGCAGCCGUCAUCCAAGUUGGAGCUUUUCGGAUUUCUGUCACUUCCUAUCAGUUUUGCACCAUUUGAAUCACUAAUCUUUACCUCUAUCAUCGUCCCUCAAGCUAGUUUCAUUGGUCAUUUGUCCGGAAUUAUUGUUGGAUAUGCUAUUGCUUGGGGAGUGAUACAUGGGAUGAACAAUUAUUGGGCGGUAUCUAUGUUGGCAUGGAUUGUUCUCAUAUUCAUAUUUAGCUUGAAGAAGUCUGGUACAUAUGAUUUUGGAUUUCUUGAGAUUGAAUCUGUGGCAGAUUCUUCUUUGCCAUCUGUGGGGUUUCCGUCUUCUAGAAAUGGUAGAACCUUGCAGACGAAUACAUCACCUGAUAUGGGUGCCAAUCUUGUGUAGUUUCUUUUCUAUGUUUUGCCAUGUAGUGCAUUUGUGCUGAAAUUGCUGAUCACUGUGCAGCUAUGAUAAGUGUAGUGUUUUCUAUGCUUCCUAGGAUAUCACAAGAGGGAAAUAAUUCUACGUUAGAUCUAGCUGUUUAGGUUUUCGGCAAUCAGCAAACGAUUCUUUGGGAAAAUUUGUUGCUAUAUUUAAUUAUCAUUCAGUGAUGACCAAUGAAGAAGAGGAUAAUAUGGCUUAACUUUUAUAUUGAUCUUUUUCUUUUUUUGGUGUGAACCGUUAUUGUUGUAUGCAGUAUACUGUUCUUGAAUGAA